AUGAAGUUGGCUAUUCGUGUUUUUGUAGUGGUUUUGUUGUUUUAUGGCACUUCCGCCGAUCUUUCCUACACCGACCGUGAAUGUGGCACCGAUUUGACGAACCUCUGGCUAGAUGUCGUUGCAGUUGUGGAUAACUCGUUCGGAAUGACUAAUGAAGGGUUGGAUACUGUCGCUGCCCACAUUGCUAGCGUAUUCAGUGGUGGCACACGGAUCGGCACUCAGUCUUCGGAACCACGGACUACGCGAGUUGGAUUAGUGACUUAUAAUGUGAAUGCUCAGCAGAAUGCGGAUUUGAACAAGUUUCAGUCUCUGGACGAUCUUUAUAACAAUGUAUUCGCUGACUUGAAAACAGUUAGCACCUCGGCUCAAUCAUUCCUCUCAACUGGUCUCGCUGCCGCGGAGAGUCUCUUCGAUUACGAAAAUUUCGGCACCUCUCGCAGUCAUUAUAAGAAAGUUGUCAUAGUCUACGCAUCGACUUACGUGGGAGAGGGGGAGAUGGAUCCGUUGCCAGUGGCUAUCCGACUAAAGACAUCUGGAGUCAAUAUCAUCACGAUGGCUUACGUUCAGAACGGUGAUGGAUUUAUGUUGAAGCAGUUGGCAGAAAUCGCGAGUCCACGGUUUAAUUUUAGUAGCACUGAUAAUAAUGGGAACACAGUUGGACAGGUGCAAUCAGCUAUGGCGGAAACCAACUGUUUCUGCCCGUCCGAUUGGAUACAAUACCGUCAAAACUACACCGACUACAACUCCUACCGCUACGGUGUCUGUCUCCAAGCAGUUAGCUUAGCCGCCAACUGGCGUGCUGCCAAGAUGGCAUGUGCCAACAGAUGGACCAACUCGUACCUGGUCAACGAGUACAACCAACAGAAACAUGAUUACGUGCUGAACGUAGUGCAGAACUCCUCAGGAUUCUUCCAACCGUAUUCUUAUCAUAACGGGUUGAAUUUGGUGGGCGGAGUCUGGAAAUGGGAUCAACCGUCUGGAUGGCCACAACCUGCUCUUAAGAAUUGGUAUAACUGGGAUCCGGGGUACCCGAUCACCUCAUCCUCCCUGACUGCUGUGCUAAAUCAACAGAAUAAUGAGGAAGUGGCCACUGGAUGGCAGAAUAUUGACUUUUAUAAGACUGCAGUUAAUUAUGUUUCAUGUUCCGCCGACUACUCAGCUCUGUCCUAUGUGGACCGCCCAUGUGGUACCGAUCUCUCGAAUCUUUGGUUAGAUGUCGUUGCAGUUGUGGAUAACUCUCAAAGAAUGAACACCAACAGAUUGAAUACUGUGGCUUCCAACAUUUUGAGCGUUUUCAUGUCCGGAACUCGAAUUGGAUCUGAUGCGAACGAGCCCAGAACCACUCGACUUGGAUUAGUCACCUAUAACAAUGUCGCCACUCAGAAUGCAGAUCUCAACCAAUACCAAUCGAUUGGUGACGCAUACAACGGGAUAUUCGUUGCUCUCUUAAGUACUGUGGACACUUCUGAAUCAUAUUUAGCCACAGGACUCACUUUGGCGGAGAAAAUGUUUAAUGAUCAGAGUGUCAACACUACUCGUGCCCAUUAUAGAAGAGUAGUGAUCUUAUAUGCUUCGGAAUACAAGGGAGCAGGAGAGUUGGACCCAUUACCUGUUGCAAAUCGAUUGAAACUAUCUGGUGUCAAUAUAAUCACAGUGGCUUAUCAACAAUCGGGCGAUGAUGGACUUUUGAAAGGUCUUUCCCAGAUUGCAAGUCCUGGAUUCUCCUUUGUUAAUGAUAACGGUCAAGGAGGAAAUCUCGUUCAAAAAAUUCAAAGAUCACUGUUGCGGUCCAACUGUUUUUGCCCGAGCGACUGGAUCCAAUACCGCAAAUCAUACUCUGAUCCCGCCUCCUUCGGCUACGGUGUGUGUAUCCAAGCCGUCCCUAUUCCAGCUAGCUGGCUUGCUGCAAAAUUGAGUUGCAGUAACAAACGGAUCAAUUCCAAUCUAGCUUCUGAAUUCAACCAAGCUAAACAUGACUUCAUUUUCAAUCUCGCUCAAAACACUACAGGAUUCUCGCCGCCCUAUCAGUACCAUAUCGGAUUGAAUUAUGUCUCUUCUGGAUCCUGGGUAUGGACUCAACCAACGGAACGCCAACAGGUUCCACUUCAAGAACCCUUCAUGUGGCUUCCAGGAUAUCCUAAACCGGCGUCUACUCAAUUUGCGGUGAUGAACCAGCAGAGUGGGCAAAGAACCGGGUGGCAGAAUAUUGCCACGAUGACUGGCAGUUAUAAUUAUGUCUGUGAGACCUACUCGUGUGAUACUGAUAACUAUUGUGAUGCUUGA